AUGGAUCUCGCCACCACUCGUCCGGCUGUAGUCAUCGACAAUGGCACUGGGUAUACGAAAAUCGGAUUUGCCGGUAAUGUUGAGCCCUGUUUUACAAUCCCAACUGUAGUUGCUCUAAACGAGUCGUUUCUCAAUCAAAGGCGACCCACUUCCAAAAAGGGCAGUAAUUGGCUGGGGCAGCAUAAUGCAGGAAUUUUGGCUGAUCUCGAUUUUUACAUAGGCGACGAGGCGUUGUCUCGAUCGAAAUCGAGCAGCACUUACAACCUGAGCUAUCCAAUCAAGCACUGCCAGGUGGAGAAUUGGGAUUCGAUGGAGAGGUUCUGGCAGCAGUGUAUAUUCAACUAUCUGCGCUGUGAUCCGGAGGAUCACUACUUCCUGUUGACCGAGAGCCCGUUGACUGCACCUGAGAGCAGGGAGUAUACUGGAGAGAUCAUGUUUGAGACGUUCAAUGUGCCGGGGCUUUAUAUUGCUGUGCAGCCUGUGCUUGCCUUGGCUGCUGGAUACACGACGGCUAAGUGUGAGAUGACAGGUGUUGUAGUUGACGUGGGAGAUGGAGCAACUCAUGUUGUGCCGGUUGCUGAUGGUUAUGUUAUAGGGAGCAGCAUUAAGUCGAUCCCAAUUGCUGGCGAUGAUGUCACCCGGUUCAUCCAGCAACUUAUGAGGGAAAGGGGAGAGCAUAUUCCACCCGAGGAGUCGUUUGAAGUAGCUCGGAAAGUGAAGGAAAUGUAUUGCUAUUGUUGCUCAGACAUUGUGAAGGAGUUCAAUAAGCAUGAUAAGGAGCCAGCAAAGUAUAUUAAGCAAUGGAGAGGUACUAAACCGAAAACCGGGGCCCCAUACUCCUGUGACGUAGGCUAUGAACGUUUUCUCGGCCCCGAGGUUUUCUUCAAUCCUGAAAUUUGCAGUAGUGAUUUCACGAUGCCUUUGCCUGAUGUCAUCGACAAAUGCAUUCAGUCGGCACCAAUAGAUACAAGAAGAGCUUUGUAUAAGAACAUCGUGUUAUCAGGUGGCUCAACCAUGUUCAAAGAUUUCAACAGAAGGCUGCAAAGGGAUCUAAAGAAAAUUGUUGAUGCUAGACUUGGUGGAGGAUUAACGGCAGAACCUGUGGAAGUAAAUGUCGUUAGCCGCCCGAUCCAAAGAUACGCAGUUUGGUUUGGAGGCUCGGUUCUUGCAUCGACUCAAGAAUUUUUCACGGCUUGCCAUACGAAAGCCGAAUACGAGGAAUAUGGGGCAAGCAUAUGCCGGACGAACCCUGUUUUCAAGGGAAUGUACUGA